UGCAUUUUCUCGCCUUUUCCUCUGAAAUCACAGCUGCUAUCCACGCUGGAGAGCAUGAUGGAAGGCAACGUGAGUGCCUCCGGGGUAAUGCCUCUCAAGGAUCUAGCCGCAGACGGUGACGAUCAGGACGAUAGUCUCUGUAGUCAACGAACGCUUUGGACGCGUCUUUGGCACGGCAUCGCUGGGUCGUCAAUCGUGGUCAACGUUGUCGCCAUGGCACUUGAAGGAUCGGCUGUGGCGAUCAUUGCAGGUCUCUUUGCGGCGUGCGUCGCACCCGUUGUGAUUCUCCGACAAUUUCAGUUGCAGAAUACCGAUACGCUUCGUCAGGUACAAAAUGCUUUGCGUCAUGAAGUCAAUCGACUACAGAUCGAGAACAAUAAGCUUCAUUCGGAAGUAAACCAGCUUGAAAGUCAAGUUUUCCAGUUACAAGAAAGAGAGGAAAGACUAGCGAUAAUUACCAAGGAACAGGGGACCAGUGUGGAUACGUUUGUGAAACUCGUGAAAGAGAACAGGCAAACAACGGAUGAAAUGAAGAUGUGCGUCAAAGCGGAUACGAUGCAAACGCUUGUACAGGCUAUUCUUUCGAGCGACUUCGAUUCGUCAGCUCACUUUUCCGCUCAAGAAGUGCAAAUUCUAAACGUGCGUCUUCGGAACAUCCCAGGUAUACGGGUGAAUUCUAAAGCUCUUCAAAAAGCAGUCCAAAGCUCCCAACGCACCUUGGAGGACGUGUUGAGCUUGGUUGAGCACAUGGAUCGCGAUGACUUGCCAGAAGAAGAACGUAUCUUUCAGCUUCAGCCUAGUCAUUAGGAAUCAAUGGCAAAAGAAUCCCGUUCAGUAGUGCAGCAAGUUUAUAUGAUAGGUAGUAGGUUUUCGUGAGCUAUUUUCUUGUUA